CUGCGGAUCGACCAACUAAGGGUAGAUAACUCUUUUUAAAAACCAUAUUAUUUCAUUCAUGCUGAAGGGCCGACCCAUAUCAGAUUGUGGGACAUGAAAAUGUCUGAUAGCAUUACACUAAAUGUUGGUGGAGUACUGUACAUGACAACAAAAUCAACAUUAUGUAAAUAUCCCGAUUCCAUGCUAGGAGUUCUGAUGAGUGGAACAUUUCCUUCAAUCAUUGAUUCAAACGGACAUUAUUUUAUAGAUAGAGAUGGCACAAUAUUCCAACAUAUCCUGAAUUUUCUUCGUUCAUCUCACUUGUCUCUUCCGGCGGACUUUGUGAACUUUGACCUUUUAGCAAUUGAGGCGGAUUUUUAUCAAAUACAACCGUUAUUAGAAGCUGUUAAUCAAAUGCGACAAAAUAAACAAGCGAUGCCACGUAAAUAUCAUUUAGAAAUUUUAGAAGUGCGUACGGGUUCCACAGCCACCAUGCCAACAAAUAACUCCCGCGUAAAGACUGUUAUUUCCGGUAGAAAACAGGUAAUGUUAUCUUUACCAGCCGAUCUGAUUGGAGCCGAAUCUCUGGAGAGACUUCAGAAUAAAAAUGGUCCAGAUUUUACUGAGCUGGAAUUGUUCGGAAGUAAUACCAGACUAAGACUAGGGGAAGCUUUAGAUACAAGAGGGUGGACAUUAAUUAGUUCCGAUCAUUCUUCGUCUUCUAGUUAUGAAAAUAAUAAAUCUAGAACCACGCCCUCGUCCAAUAAUUUAAUCAUAGAACAGUCAUUCAGAGAUAGGUGGUGUUUAGAAUUAAAAUCUGGUGAAGACAUUGCAGAUAUGCAGUUUGAAGCAUAUGAGUAGACUCAUGGACAUAAAUAAUAAAUUUAUUUACAUCA